GAGACUUAGAGGGCUGUUCACUUCCUCCUUAUAAACAGUGAUCCUGAAGGUGGGGCUUUUAAACCUCUACAGAUUCUCCAUCCACAUCCAGCAGUCACUCACUUCAACAAUACAGUAAUCAUGGUGGUCCACAAGGAGUUCCAGACUGCAGGAAAACAGCCAGGCCUACAGAUAUGGAGGGUGGAAAAGAUGGACCUGGUGCCAGUACCAAAGCAACUCUAUGGCAACUUCUAUAUUGGAGAUGCCUACAUCCUCCUCUAUACUACUCCUGCUCCAUCCUAUGCCAUCCACAUGUGGCUUGGGGAUGAGUGUUCCCAGGAUGAAAGUGGAUCUGCAGCAAUCUUUGCUACCCAACUAGAUGACUUCUUGGGUGGAAGUCCAGUUCAGUUUCGUGAGGUCCAGAACAACGAGUCCCUCACCUUCCUCAGCUACUUCAAGUCUGGUGUUAAGUAUAAGCAAGGUGGAGUGGCCUCUGGCUUUCAACACGUGGUGACCAACGACAUGGAUGUGAAGAGAUUACUCCAUGUUAAAGGGCGGAGGGUGAUCCGUGCGACUGAAGUUCCUCUGUUAUGGAACAGCUUUAAUCGCGGAGACUGUUUCAUCGUCGACCUGGGCAAGGACAUCUAUCAGUGGUGUGGCAGUGAUUGUAACCGAUUUGAACGUUUGAAAGCAUCUCAGGUGGCUAUUGACAUCCGUGAUAAUGAGCGUAAUGGACGUGCCAAGCUGCACAUGGUUGAGGAGGGCUCUGAGCCAGAGGCCAUUAUUGCUGUACUUGGGCCCAAGCCUGAGAUCCCAGCAGGAAGACCUGAUGAUGAGAUAGUCGACCAAGCUAACAAGAAGGGAAUACUUUAUAUGGUUUCUGAUGCUGCAGGCUCCGUGAAGACCUCUGUGGUGGCUCAGAGCAGCCCAUUCAAACAGGAGAUGCUUUCUCCCAGUGAAUGCUACAUCCUUGACAAUGGAGCUGAUGGAAAAAUCUUUUUGUGGAAAGGUCCCAAAUCCAGUGAAGCUGAACGUAAGGCAGGCAUGAAUGCUGCAGGGCAAUUUAUCAAAGACCAUAACUACCCUAAAAAGACCCAGAUCCAGGUGUUACCUGCUGGCAGUGAGACCACACUGUUUAAACAGUUCUUCAGCAACUGGAAGGAUAGAGCUCAGACCAUGGGACCUGGGAAGGCCUACACUAUUGGGAAGAUUGCUAGAGUGGAGCAGAUCCCCUUUGAUGCAUCCAGCUUGCACUCCAACAAAGCCAUGGCUGCGCAACACGGCAUGGUGGAUGACGGCUCGGGCAAGGUGCAGGUGUGGCGUGUUGAGGGUGGGGAUAAGGUUCCUGUGGACCCAUCCACCCACGGUCAUUUCUAUGGAGGUGACUGCUAUCUGAUCCUUUACAGCUACAAACAGGGAGGCAGAGAGCAGCAUAUCAUCUAUACCUGGCAAGGGCUGAAGUGCACACAGGAUGAGUUGGCCGCCUCUGCCUUUUUAACGGUCAAAUUGGACGACUCCAUGGGAGGAUCUCCUGUUCAGGUCCGUGUCACUCAAGGCCAGGAACCACCCCAUCUGAUGAGCUUGUUUAAAAGCAAACCAAUGAUCAUUUUCUUGGGUGGGACUUCACGAAAAGGCGGGCAGAGCAAAACAGCAAGCACACGUCUCUUCCACAUCCGGCAGAGCUCUAGCCAAGCUACACGCACUGUUGAGGUGAAGCCCUGUGCUGAAAAUCUGAACUCCAAUGAUGUGUUUGUGCUGAAGACUCCAGAAUCUGUGUUUCUGUGGAAAGGAGUUGGGGCCACAGAUGGGGAGAUGAAUGCUGCCAAACACAUCUGCAGCUUCCUGGGUGGCAGCGUUACUGAAGUGGCAGAGGGGAAGGAACCAGCUGGAUUUUGGCUUGCUCUUGGUGGAAAGAAGGACUAUCAGACCUCUACUAGUUUGCAGAAGACAGUUAAACCACCUCGUCUGUUUGGCUGUUCCAACAAAACCGGCCGUCUCAUAGUAGAGGAAGUGCCAGGAGAGUUCACUCAGGUUGAUUUGGCCACAGAUGAUGUCAUGCUUCUGGAUACCUGGGACCAGAUCUUUAUCUGGAUUGGUAACGAUGCUAACGAAGUGGAGAAGAACGGCGCAGAUAAAAUAGCUAAAGACUAUGUGAACUCAGACCCAUCUGGCCGUCGUGGCACUCCCGUAAGCCUUAUAAAGCAAGGCAUUGAGCCGCCCACGUUCACUGGCUGGUUCCAGGCCUGGGAUGCUAAACUUUGGGACAAAGACCCCCUGGAACGUAUCCAUGCCUGUUUCUGAACACAGUCAUAGACACACACAUAUACACAGUUUAUAAUUUACAUUAGUCCUGCUGUCUGCGAAAAAGUCUAUGCACUAGGCAAUAAAUACGCUGCCAUUUUUUUAAAUGAAAUAUUUGCUUUCAGCCUAUGCUUUAAAUAAGUUUUAAACAUACAGUUAAAAUAUACAUUUGUUGUCUAAAUCUAUGCUGAAACUAAAUAUAAGGACCUGUGUUCUCUAGCUGGCAUGUAAACAUGGAAUUCAUAAUCAUGUGCAUUCAAACUGAAAUAUUUAGAAAGUAUACCAUCAAAUAUUUUUAACAGAGCCAGUAUAAAAUCUCAAAAUGGCAAUUUACAUUUACCAGUCAUUUUCCAGGAUAAUGUAAUCAUUUCAAUUCAUUUCAAAUAUUCUGCUUCAUAAUAAAAUGGGCAUCUUGAAACAACA